UAUUUUCUCUAACAAAAGUAUUUGGAAAGGAACUUAUGGAAGCCUCAGGUGAAAGUUUUUUAGGGCCUGUAAGUAGCUCUUUGAUCAAUUUUGAAAAUGUGGAAUUAGAGAAUGUGGAAGAUGUAAACUUAGAAAAUGUGGAACAUGUAGAAUUAGAGAAUACAGAAGAUGUAGAAUCAGAAAAUGCAGAUAUUGUAGAAUCGGGAAAUGCAGAUGUUGUAGAAUUAGAUCAACUCUCAAACUUAGCUGAAGCACGUCUCAACAGUUAUGCUAAAGCCGCUAGUUUCUCAUUACAUUAG